AUGGCUGGUACUGGUGAUGCUGCGAAGAAUGCUCUUGAAUCCUUAUUCAAUAAAACGAAAGAAGUUGUUCAAACAGCUGCGGAAACAACAAAAGAAUAUGCGAAUGUUGCAAUUGGCAAAAUUAUUCCAAAUUCUGGUCUUCAAACAGCUGCAACCAAUCCAAAUUCGGCAACCGAACAAACGAACCCAAUGGAAACAGGUGGCGCAUCAGCUGUAAAUCCACGUGGCGCAUCCAAUAAUUAA